UAAUGAGUUGAUGUGGCAGUCAGGAGGAGUUUGUUAGGCUAAUUUUAUUUUCAGCUUCGCCAUAAAACAAGUAAUAGGUAGUGAGACGUAUAAAGCUACCCGUGAUAACACAUAACAGAGUAAUGAUGAGGUUUUUACCAGAAAUUAAAGUGGAAUGCUUCUGCAAACUACUGUCUUUAAAACAAGUGGAAAAGGAGUAAAAUAAAGGCACAAUGUCCACUGAGGAGUCAGGCAACGAGGUGGACAUUUGGUCCUCCAUCCGCUGCCUGGGCUACCUGUCCAGCGUCAACCUCCUGGUGGCUGUGUGUCUGGGCAUGUACGUACGCUGGGAGCACACCUCCGAACCAACAAUCCUGGUCAUCUUCAUUCUAGGUCUGUUUGUCUUGGGCCUCUCCAGCAUCCUCUAUUAUUACUUCUCAAUGGAGUGGGCCAGCCUGAGCCUGUUCCACCUUUGGUUCGGCUUUCUGCAAGGCCUCCUGUGCUUUUUAAACAGCUCUUCUCUGCAGAACGAUGUGAAAGAGCAAGUGACGAACUACCUGCUACUGGCCAGUGUGGCUAUGCGCUCUCUGUGGGCGCUAACAGACCGCCUGUGUGGCAGCACCAACUACCGGAGAGUCGUACUCAAGUCAGCUGAGGCACUCGAGCUCUUGGGUUUUGCCAUAGCCAGCACCACUAUGGUCCUCUACAAGUCGGCUGCUAUCGUCGCCCUUCUGGUUGCUUUAGGCACCAUUAUUGUUGACCUGCGCAUGAAGUCUAUCUUGGCUCUUCCCAAUCUCAUCUGCUUCUCUGUGGUCAUCUCUGUCACCUUUUUCCAGGCUCUAAAUGUUCAGGCUAAUCCUUUUGCACUAGGCUGUUACCUGGGACGGCUCAUAUGUGAACCCCUGCUAGACGUAUACUUCAGCAGCCUUUCGGUGACCGAGCGCUGGAUGCCCUUUUUGUCAGCAGGCAGACUGUGGCGAAGGCUCUCUCUGUUCCCAUUGAGCAUUGUGGAAGCGAUGUUCUUCGUGCUUUGUGCCCUGAAACUGGGACACCUGGAGUUCUGGUACCUCGUUAUCCCUGGAUUUUGUGUGUUUGGUCUUUUCUGGGUGCUUUGCCACAUGGUGUUCCUGGUCACACUUUGGGGCUUCCACACAAAGCUGAGCGAGUCCCAGAAGGUUCACGCUGCCCAGCGCUCCGACACACGCAGUCUAGACAGAAUCAUGGCCUCCAGGGGGGUGCGCCAUUUCUGCCUCAUCUCUGAACGCCUGCUGUUUUUCUGUCUGCUCUCGACUGUCAUCCUGGGCGCGGUGUCGUGGCAGCUCUCUAAUGCUCUGUUCAUGAGCAUGUUCCUGGUUGUGCUCUCACUGGAGUCUCUUGCGCAUGGGCUCUUCCAUGAGCUGGGCAACUGUCUAGGAGGGACCUGUGUGGGCUACGCAGUGGUUAUUCCAACCAGCUACUGCAGUGCGGAUGGUCAGCCGGUAGUUCUUCCUCCAGAGCAGAACCUGCGCUCCACUUCAACGCUCAAUGCUGUCCAGCGCCUUUUUUCUCACCACCUAAUCCAGACAUUUGGCUGUGACUACUCUACCAGUGGACUGAGCCUUGAAACACUCCAGGCCAAACUGCGUUCCUUCCUGGAGCUGCGCACUGCCGAUGGGCCCCGGCACGACAACUACCUCAUCUACUACAGCGGGCACACUUUGCCCACAGGAGAUUGGGCUCUUACAGGUGGGGAAUGCCUGCGCCUGGGGCAGAUUCUUGAUUGGUGGAAAGAGCGUAACAUUGGCUUCUCCUCCCGCCUGAUCCUGGUGCUGGAUACAGAGAACUCUGGGCCAUGGGUAAAGGCAGUACGGCGGGUGGAAGGGCUCUACGUGGCUGUGCAGGGAGCUGAAAUGAAUUCAGCGGGGGAUGCCGAGAGCCAAGACGCCCCUCGUCUGGGAGACUUCACCUCAGAGUGGGUGGAGUACAACUGUGAACCGGAGAGUGGUGUGCAGUGGGCGGAUCGAGGCCGUCUUCUCACAGCCGUAUAUGGCGUGUCCAAACGUUGGAGUGACUAUAGACUCCACUUGCCGACUGGAAGUGACGUGGAAAAGCACUGGAAAACCCAUUUCCCCCGUGUCACUUACCCACUCGUGUCGGUGGCUAACUGGUGUUGUGGGCUAAAUCUGUUGUUUCUGUGUGGUGCCUGCCUUCGCUGCUUCAGGAGGCUCAAAAUGGGCUGGUUUCCUCCUGCUGUCCUCGACACAGGCCAGGGAAUCAAACUUGUUCGGUCAUAGACCUGAAAUACAAUUGCUGAAACAUAUUGACAUGAGACGUGCCUUUUCUUUUGUUUGGUGAAAAGACUAUGUUGUUGGUUUCAUGCGCAACCGUGGACACGUUUUGCAGCACAUGAUCUAAUUUUAGUGCCUGCCUGCCCUUUCCCCUUGCAGUACCUUUUCCUGGUCCCAAGGAUACACUAAUACUAAAAUUCUGACCCAAUACUGGUAACUGACGUAUUUCCUUUUAACCAGAAAACUAAUUCUAAUGAAACAAGCUAAUUCUAAGGUGGUAAGUGCUGAUUAAUAAUUAUUUAUACACAUGGUUAUAAAUCUAUCCACUAAUUUGGUAUGAAACAAUUUCCUAUGUUCAUACUGAAUAUAAUCAAAUAUAUAUAAAAAAAAAAUUAAGUUCGGAGUUAUUAUUUUAGGCCGUUAUCAUAAUUUCUCUAAGAAUGCCAAAUUGUGUUUUCUCAAGCUAGCUUUUUAAGUGCCUUUGAAUUUAUGCUUCCAUGCGAACAGGUUACAAGGUGGUUAUUUAAGUUUAAAGUGCCUCUUUAAAUGAGCCAUUAUUAGGAAACCUAAGGAAAUGUAUUUUUAAUUCAUGAAGCCCAUUUUGCCUCUCUGGUAACACAUCACAGCGAAACAGGAAUUGAUGGAUGUGAUUGGUGUCUGUCAUGUAGUGUCUGUUCCACUCUGCAUUAAAUGAUCUUUGGUGUUGGUUUGGUGUUGGCUCUCACUCUGAACCAGUGGGUUUUUCACUUACACCAUGCUUUGUACAGGUUUUGGUCUAUCAUUUAUUGUAUUCUUAUAUGACAUGAAUAAAUGUUUUAUGUAAAAA